AUGUGGAUCUUUCGGAUAUUCUCGUCCAUCUUCUUUCUUUCCUCUGUGGUCCUCUCCAUACCACUCGCUUUCGAUGUAGGAGGACGGACCUGCGGCCUGGCCUUCUCCCUCUCCCUCUCCGCGUUCUACUUCUUCCUCUCGCUUCUCAAACUUACUACCCCAACGAGGUCCAUUUUCCGCAAGACCUGCAUCUUUAUCAUUAGCUCCACCCAAUGGCUAAUCGUUCCCGUAUUGUUAAUAUGGUCUCUUAAUCGCUUUUCCAUCGAUUCAAACGGGUCCGGAAGCUGGGUGGAGCGUGCGUUCACAACCCUCAAAACUAGGAAUAGCUCUGUGCGGCAGUGGGUGUUUGGACAAGAUGGUUUGCUGGAGGCUGCUAUCCUUGGCUUCUGGGAUAAACUGCUGUGCUGGUCCAUGCCCGUAUUCCAGUUAGCAGAGGGCUUCUGCAGUCUGCUUGUUAUCCAAGCCUCUGGACAAAUUACCAGAUACCUCGUGAAUAGGAGUGGGAGGAGUGAUAGCUGGAUGAUCGGAUUACUUGUUUUCUCUGCGUCAAUCAUAUCCAGCUCGCUGUACUUUCUCUGGCGUGUCCUUGGAUUGCCUGGCAUCAGCAAUCUAGACUCAGCGCUGAUUGGGGUGUCAAUAACCUGCGCCGUCAUCCUUUGCGCAUGGGGUAUAGGUAGCGGAAGAGGCAACCCGGUUGAGAGCUCUCUUUUAUUUGCGUACGCUGUGCUGUGUUUAUACCAGAUUUUUACCGAUUAUCAGCCUUCUGGAUCUAGGGAUAAGGCAACAACCCCUACACCUCAGCCGCUUGAGUUUCCUCCACUACCACCCAUCAUUAUGGCGUCUUACACGACCUUAAUGCAUACCAUUUCGGCUUUGCCUUCCAUUAUACAUACGUUCUUCAGCGUGGUGACGGCAGCCUUCAGCGCUAUUACCCCGUCAGUGUUAAUCUCACUCAUUUACCGACUAUUUGUCCUGUACGCGUCAACCCGGAUUAUUCCCGCGGUGCGUGAAUCAGGUGCCCGCGCAUUGUCCCAGGAAGCAUCACUAGAGGAUACAGAUAGCGCAGGCAAGUUCCUUGGGCUGCUCAGCUGGUUUUCCCCUUCGAUCCUCAUCGCGGUAUACACUAGUUUGCUCAUGCAGCACUUUGCAUCGAUGUCUCGUAUAGCUGAAGAGGAUUUGGAAUGGUGGAAGGUGCAGUCCUUGGGCAGCGGAAAUGCAUGGAGAUGGCUAAAUUUAGGAUGCACAAUGGCUCUAUAUGCAGUUGAGCUAUGGCUUGGAAGACAGGAUGAUAUUGAUAGUAGCUUAACAAAUCACUGGAAAAGUGAUUAA